AUGGAAAACCCGUCUUCCAGCGGCAGCGCUUCGCUGAUCGAUGGCACUGCACUUGCAAAGUCCAUCAGGGCCAAUGUGACAGAGGAAAUAGCAAAGAUUCGCAAGUCUAUACCGGCUUUCAGGCCCCACCUCUGCAUCCUCCAAGUUGGCGCUCAAAACGCUUCGUCAACCUACAUCAGGAUGAAGAAGCAGGCUGCCGAAGAAUGCGGAAUGAAGUGCACACAUGUGCAGCUCGAUGCAGAUACGUCGGAGCAAGAAAUCAUCAAGCGUGUCCGCAACCUGAACCAAGACUCCUCUGUGGAUGGCAUCCUUGUGCAGCUCCCUCUCGGCGACCACAUUGACGCAGAUGGUGAACGCAGGGUCACUGAGGAAGUCAGUCCGAGCAAGGACGUUGAUGGCUUCCAUGCACUCAACAUCGGUCAUCUUUCGUCCAAGGCUUGCAACCCAAUCUUCUUCCCGUGCACUCCGGCCGGCAUCAUCAAGCUGCUCAAGGAGGCAGGCGUUGACGACAUGAGCGGCAAACAUGCUGUCGUCAUUGGCCGUAGCGACAUUGUUGGCAACCCAGUCACUAGCUUGCUUCGGAGCAAGAACUGUACCGUCACUCAAGUCCACAGCCGGACUGCCAACAUUCAAGCGCACAUCGCCAAGGCUGACAUUCUCGUUGUUGCCAUGGGCAAGGCACAAUACGUGCAGGGCUCCUGGCUCAAGCAUGGCGCCAUUGUCAUCGAUGUGGGUACCAACUACAUUCCUGAUGCUUCCAAGAAGAGCGGGCAACGACUAGUUGGUGAUGUGGACUUUGAGAGCGCAAUGGGCGUCGCAUCUGCUAUUACUCCCGUUCCUGGCGGAGUUGGGCCUAUGACGGUCGCUUGCUUAAUGGAGAAUGUCUUCGAGAGCGCUUCUCGCAAAUUCCGCGAAGGCCAUUAUAAUGCACGAGGGGUCUCGACCCCUAAUCCGCUCAAGCUCGUCAAACCCGUGCCUGCAGACAUCAUCGUCGCUCGCUCGCAAACACCGCGUCCUAUUGUGGAAAUCGCAAGGGAAGUGGGCAUUCUGGAGGAAGAGCUGGAGCCCUAUGGAGAUGUGAAGGCAAAGGUUAGCCUUUCCAUCCUCGAUAGACUGUCUCAUCGGACAAACGGAAAAUAUCUUGUCGUCGCCGGUAUCACCCCAACUCCUCUCGGUGAAGGCAAGUCCACUACCACAAUUGGUCUCGCACAGGCCCUCGGUGCACACUUGCACAAGCCCGCCUUCGCAUGCGUGCGCCAACCAUCACAGGGACCCACUUUUGGCAUCAAGGGCGGUGCAGCCGGCGGUGGAUUCUCUCAAGUCAUUCCAAUGGAGGAGUUCAACCUUCACCUGACGGGAGACAACCAUGCGGUCCAGGCUGCCAACAACCUGCUUGCGGCAGCUAUCGACGCUCGCAUGUUUCAUGAGUCUACCCAGAAAGACGGGCCCCUGUUCGACCGUCUGUGCCCCAAGAAGAAGGGCAAGCGCACCUUUGCACCCGUCAUGUUCAAACGUCUGGCGAAGCUUGGCAUCGACAAGACCAAUCCGGAUGACCUGACUGACGAGGAGAAGCGUCGCUUUGCCAGGCUGGACAUUGACCCGGACACGAUCACCUGGCACCGAGUCACCGACACCAACGAUCGCUUCCUUCGAGAGAUCACUGUAGGACAGGCGCCGACCGAAAAAGGCUACGAGCGCAAGACUGGCUACGAUAUCGCAGUCGCUUCGGAGUGCAUGGCUGUGCUCGCGCUCAGCAGGGACCUCAAGGAUAUGCGCGAGCGUUUGGGACGGAUGGUGAUUGGCACCAGCCGCGCUGGCGACCCAGUUACUGCGGACGAUAUUGGCGUUGGAGGCGCUCUCACAGUUCUCAUGAAGGACGCCAUCAAGCCGAAUCUGAUGCAAACACUAGAAGGGACCCCGGUGUUUGUGCACGCCGGUCCUUUUGCAAACAUUGCCCAUGGCAACUCAUCUAUUUUAGCCGAUGCGAUCGCCCUCAAGCUCGCAGGUCUUGAAGAAGGCGAUGCUCAAGAAUCCACAGGCUACGUCAUUACUGAGGCUGGUUUCGGCGCGGACAUUGGCAUGGAGAAGUUCUGCAACAUCAAAUGCCGCGAGAGUGGACUUGUUCCCGAUGCUGUGGUGCUCGUUGCUACGGUCCGCGCUCUCAAGACUCAUGGCGGCGGUCCAGAUGUCACACCAGGAAAGCCGCUUGACGAGGUCUACCUGGAAGAAAACCUCGAGAUCCUGGAGAGGGGGUGCACCAAUCUUGAAAAGCACAUAUCCAACGCCAAGAAAUUCGGCCUCAAAGUCAUCGUUGCUGUCAACCAAUUCGCAACGGACACACCUCGCGAAUUAGAGCUAGUGUGCAAGAAGUCGAAAGAGGCGGGUGCGGAUGCAGCGGUACCAUGCAACCACUGGGCCGAAGGUGGAGCGGGUGCCGUUGAGCUUGCGAAAGCAGUCAUUCAAGAGCUCGAAGGCACCAAGAGCGACUUCAAGUUCCUCUAUGAUGUCGAAAAGCCGAUCAACGAAAAGAUCGAGAUUAUCGCUAAGGAGAUGUACGGCGCCGAUGGCAUCAAUGUGUCCGAAUUUGCGGCGAAGCAGAUAGAAACCUACACGAAACAGGGCUACGCAAAUCUCCCAAUCUGCAUGGCCAAGACGCAUCUUUCUUUGUCCCACGAGCCGACGUUGAAGGGACAACCAAAAGGAUUUACGGUGCCAAUCAGAAGUGUCAAGCUCGCAGCCGGUGCUCGUUUCCUGUAUCCCCUGUGUGGCACCAUGCAAACCAUGCCCGGCUUAUCGACUCGCCCGGGAUACUACGAUAUCGAUCUGGAUGAAAAUGGUCUUGUGCAGGGCCUCUUCUGA